AUAUGGUGUUAUGAAGACGAUAAGCCUUCCAUUGAUUACUAGUUUGAUUGACCUCAGUUAUUAUCAGCAGUAGUAUCAUGUCUGUAAGUACGGAAUAAGUCGAAGUGGUUUUUUAUAUUCCGCCUUUGGACAUGAUUUAGAUCCGUACGCCAGACACAACAUAAGGUGGAGAUUAUAGGUUUUAGCAACUAAAAACGCAAAAUCACGUCGAAAGUAUUUGUGCAAUUCUCAUUUCACUUCUGCAGCAUUGUAUUGUAGGAUACAAUACUUCUAUGUUAUUUCAUUGUAAAUCUUGUAAGUAAAGAGCUGCACUUGAAAAAGAAUGCACAAAUAUGCUGAAAUAAGAUAUUGAAGCUCGUAUUGACGUUGUCAAGUGACACCCAGACUGUUUUUUUUUACUUUCAACAAAGUGAAUUGGUAUCACUGUCGCUAGACGAGUUCUACUGUACGUACCCUACCGGUAAUGUGAAUUUUUCAGAGGAUUCCGUUCGUGCCUGUCUAAAUUAAGUUAAACAACGUUGUCGGAAACGAGUCUUUUCCAUUUGUCAAUUAAAUGGGAUUACAUCAGAGCAUUUUUAUAAUAUGGAUUUUUAUGAUCGUUGUACAAUGCACGAAACAUAAACUAUACUGCAGAACAGAAGCAACGGCUACGCCACAGCCUGCGGCAAGACUUCUCGAACCACCUUCAAUUGGGCGUAGAAACUUAGCACCAAGGGAUGAACGAGCCAAAGUGGAAUUAGAUGCAUGCUGUGGCCCAAAACCAUUCUAUACUGGCUUUUCUACGUGUUGCAUGGGAAAGCCAAUUCGUCGGUCUUCCAGGCGUUGCUGCAUCUCGGGACCACCUGUGCCAAAACACAGUAUAUGUAAUUGCUAUCCACACUCAGAUUGGAUAAAAACAGAAAAGGACAAGUUUGAGGAACUUCGAAUCAGGACUAUUUCGUUAAUGGAAGACGUUAUUACUGCGAAAGAGAGACUUAUGAAGAUUAUUGACGAAAAAGAACGUCUGGUAGGAGAGUUGGACGCGAAAGCGAGUGAUUUGUAUCGUUCUUUCUUGAGAUCGAUUAACGUUGACAGAGGCGAAGAUCUUAAAGAAGUUCAAUAUAUUUAUGAAUUGGUUACAUUUCUUCAUUCCAAUGAAGAAGUCUCCUUUGAAAGAUCUUUGAAUGAGGAAGAAUUUAUCGGCCUGCCAGAAAGUCCAGUACGGCGCGAUGUGCCAAUGUCGCUGCAUCGUCAAUUGGAAAGUGCAGCAAAAAGGGGACUUUUAGAAUUAGUGAAUUCACUUAUGAAUCGCGUGAAAUCAAAGAAAAUCAGUCUCCCGUAUGCUAUAAGGCAAAUUAAAGCGGCAGGCCAAGAAUCCAUCAUCGAGAGUGAUUUCUGGCAACUACCAUUGAAGAAACAAAAUUUUGGCCGUGGGGGAUCGGUCGUAGAAGAAGAAAUAAGUUCGGAUGAAACUGAGUUAAAUACAGGAGCAAUUGUGCAAGAAAGAAACAACGUUUUAGAGCAAAUAAACAAUGAAAACAAAUUUAUAAUUGCGAGCAUGAGUCGCGCAGAAGAAUUAGAAAAAAUGACACAAGUUUCAAAAAGCGGAGAGAAGGUGGCUAUGCAAAUGAUUGAUCUCUUAAUCGAAGCGCUGGAAAUGGCGCUUGAAAUUGAAGACGAACAAAGAGCUCUUGAGUUGGAAGCAGAACUCGAAUCAGAAGGAGGAAGUUUCGAUUCAAUUCGUCUUCCUGCAAACAAUAUCAAAAUUAAUCCUGAUCUCGAGCAUGAGAUGAUUGAACCAGGUUGUAAUGUUACCAGUUGGACAAAUAACUUUUCUAAUAUGGAGACUGAAAUAGACAACGGGGAAACUCAACUACGAAAAAUACUGCGUUUUAUUUCAAGAAUUAGGCGAGUUGUGAACACUAGAGGAAACGACCUCGAGUCGCAAUGGCAUCCACGCUUUCCCCCUGAACUUGAACCGUGAAUCUUCUAAUUCGAUAGGGGUUUCAGUCCCGUUUGGGUUAGGCGUAAUAAGAUUAAUAAGCAAGAUAGAAAGUAAAGGCUUUUGAAAAGAGAUUGCAAGAUGUGCUAUGCCGAGUACGACAAAGCUCUGGUCUUUUAAUCGUUUAGCUGCGUUAAGCACGUACCAAUGCGGCAUGACUGUCUGACCGUAAGCUGGUAGGACGUGCAGCUGGUUCAACGAAAUUCAUCACGAGGAGACGUUUGUUCACUGAUGUCCUGUGUAUGGAAAUAUCAUAAAUCAGUGGUUUUCUGAAUUUACUGCGGACCCCAACAUUUUCGAGCCGAAAAUACAAUAGAAGAAAAUAGUUUGAGCUUUUCAGACAACAUUUGAAUUACCUACCAUUCCUCACGUACGCAACACGAAUCGCUUACUGAUUCAUUGCAACCAAAAGAUACCAAUUUUACUUAGUGUGCGAAGAGUGUGCUUGCAUCUCAGCACAUAUUUGAAAUGUUAAAGCAAUUGAUCUCGGGGUUUUACGGGAAAGAAAAUUUUUUUAACAACAAGAAGAAGAAAAUACAAAAUGACCAAACGAUCAAUUCCGUAUACAAUAUAUAAAGUGAAAUUCAAAGAACUAACGGGCACGAUAACGCCGUUAACCUAUAACGCAAAAACUAAAGGCUGUUGCGGCCCCCUGACAUUCCCUCGCGGACCCGUUUGAUAACCACUGUCAUAAAUAGUAUCAGCAUGGCAACAAUGCAAAUAGAUGAUUUAAUUAUGUUGGUCCACAGAGUUCAAAAGGAAGAAAAGAAAGCACGAGGGAAAAUGGCAUUACGAACCUAGUGACAAUGUUACAAAGUUCACUUAUUAACAUUUUUCAUUGUUUUUUGAGUAAUAAAUUUCAUCUAUAUAUUUUAAAUAAAUGCAACUUUAAAUCCUGAA